CCCGCUGCUACCCGGUACCUGUACGUUUAACAAAGACUUUGUUCAGGAACCAUUAAUGUAAAAGAAGAUGAGCAGAUUCAAACAGCUUAUGACGCUGAGGUCCAUAACUGAUGGUGUGUCCCUAACGUCUGCUGGAGAUCCUUGAGAUGUGGCUGGCAAAUUAUCAUCAAUGUAGUGUGGAAGCCCUUCAAACAUAUGAGGGUUCUUAAUAUGAAAUAUAGAGAUAUAUAUUGUGAGCUGUAGGUUAUGUUGUCAUCACCACUCAGACACUGUGAAGCAACUAACUUCCAAGCAGUGGCAUAUAUUGUAGUGUGUGUUUGAUUAUUUACAAACAAUCACCAACUCUUUAACCGGGUACUUUCUUCUUCUACAGUAGCAUGGGUGAAGACCUCUCCAGUGCUUGAAGUCAGGAGCCAUGUUGGAGGAGAGGUCUCCAUCCACUGCUCUGUCGGCUGGAGCAGAGGCAAUGGCUCCAAACUCGACAGCAUGUACUUCUGCAGAGGAGUCUGCUCCGUGGAAAACAUUCUCAUUCAAUCGAAGGGCAAGAGGUCGGCCGUCACAUGGCGGGGGAGAUACAGCAUGGAGGUCAACAGCGGAUAUGGGGUCUUUAAUGUGACCAUAAAGGAUCUGAAGAGGGCGGACGCCGGCCGAUACCGCUGCGGUGUGGAGAAUAGCGUUGAGGUGUUGCACCAGGAGGUCAAUCUAAUAGUACUAGAUGCUUCCACUGUUCCUCCUGCAUCUCCUGGAUCUCUGCCCAGUGGCAGCUUUCAAUCCACCGCUGAGCCGUCACCCGCAGCGCUAACGCUUCCCACCACAGAGAAGACAAACAAGCAGGCCACCAUCAACCUCACAGACACCACAGUGGUCAUCAUUAUCUCGGUGAGCCUGGCUCUCCUGGUUUGUGCCCUCAUCCCUCUUGUAUUCUACGGACACUGGAGGAGUAAUGCGGAAGGUCCGAGCAGACUUGAAGCAAACAAGGGGGAGGCCGACUACUGUGAGGAAAAUGCAGACGGUGCCUUCACUCAGGGGAUGGUGAAGCUGCAGUCUCUACAGCCCGAUCCAGAGUCCAGUGCUCAGGAUGCCUCUCAGUAUGCUGCCGUCUAUCAGGCACUGGAUCCUAAAACUGAUGACUGAGCCGGUUCAUUUUGUUUCUGAGCCGAUGCCUCGCCACACUUUUU